AUGGUGUUCAGUGACAUAUGGAUAAAGGUAGCAGCUAAUAGUGAAACACUGAAGGCAUCAACAUCAAAUGCACAUCCACUCUUUGGAGACCAUUGUGCCCCUCCAGCAAUACCAGCUCUGCAACCCAUUGUUCAUGAUCUCUUUAUAUUAAGAGGAGCAAACAAAGCCGAUGCUGGUAAAGAACUAGAAACACAAAAAGAAGUGGUUGUCUCAAUGUUGUUGAGGCUUAUCCAGUACCAUCAGGUGCUGGAAAUGUUCAUUCUAGUGUUGCAGCAGUGUCACAGAGAGAAUGAAGACAAGUGGAAAAGACUAUCACGACAGAUAGCAGACAUAAUUCUUCCAAUGCUGGCAAAACAGCAGAUGCAGAUUGACUCCCAUGAAGCUCUGGGAGUAUUGAACACUUUAUUUGAAAUUUUGGCACCAUCAGCGCUCCGCCCAGUUGACAUGCUUUUAAGGAGCAUGUUUGUGACUCCAAAUACAAUGGCCUCAGUUAGCACUGUCCAGUUAUGGAUAUCAGGCAUUCUUGCUAUUCUCCGGGUUUUGAUUUCACAGUCAACAGAAGACAUUGUCCUUUCCCGUAUUCAGGAGCUCUUCUUUUCACCCUAUUUAAUUUCAUGUGAAAAAAUUAACAAACUACGAAGUGGUGAAAACAUACCUAUCUUAACUCAGGAACAAACUGUGGAAGAACAAGAUCAAUAUCUACCUGAGGAGACAUUUUCUAGGUUCUUACUACAGUUAGUAGGAAUCCUGCUUGAAGAUAUUACUACUAAACAUUUGAAUGUGGAUAUGAAUGAACAGCAGCAUACAUUCUACUGCCAAGAGUUGGGCACACUGCUUAUGUGCCUAAUUCAUACCUUUAAAUCAGGUAUGUUCAGAAGAGUUACAGCUGCAGCCAGCAAGCUUUUUACAGCAGAUGAAUCUGAUCAUCAUUUCUAUACACUUGGAAGGUUAAAUGAACUUGUUAAAUCCAUGAUACCCACACAUCCAUCUUUAGUACUCCUAUGGUGUCAAAUAUUACUACUUGUGAAUUAUACUAACUGCAGCUGGUGGGCAGAAGUACAUCAGACUCCAAAAAGGCACAGUCUUUCCACAGCUAAAUUGCUUAGCUCUCAGAUAAGUAGAGGAAACAACGACUCUGAAUCAAAACUUGGAAUGUGUAACCGAGAGAUUGUUCGAAGAGGGGCACUCAUCCUCUUUUGUGAUUAUGUGUGCCAAAACCUGCAUGACUCAGAACAUUUAACCUGGCUGACAGUGAAUCAUGUACAAGAUCUUAUUAAUCUCUCUCAUGAACCUCCAGUGCAAGAUUUCAUUAGUGCCAUUCACAGGAAUUCUGCAGCAAGUGGUCUUUUCAUCCAAGCAAUUCAGUCACGGUGUGAGAACUUCACAGCUCCAACUGCAGUAAAGAAGACAUUACAGUGCUUAGAGGGGAUUCAUCUGAGCCAGUCUGGUGCUGUAUUAAUACUGUAUGUGGACAAGCUUUUAUGCACUCCAUUCCGUGUGCUCGCUCGCAUGGUUGACACCCUUGCUUGCCGUCGAGUGGAAAUGCUUUUAGCUGCAACUGUCCAGAACAGUACUGCUCAAUUGCCUGUUGAAGAAUUAGAUAGAAUUCAGGAUUAUCUUCAAAAAAGUGGAUUGGCACACAGACACCAAAGACUCUACUCGCUCUUGGAUAGGUUUCGCCUUACUGUUGCUCCAGAAACAGUUAGCCCAUCUCCUUCAGUUACUACACACCCAUUGGAUGGAGAGAACCAGCUUGCUCUAGAAGCUGUAAUUCCAGACAAAGAGUGGUAUAUUUCACUAGUGAGCUCGCAGUGCUACACAAAGUCACCUUUGGCUCUACUUGAAGGUGCGGAGUUGGUAAAUCGGAUUCCUCAACAUGAACUAAGUUCUUUUAUGCUACACAAGGACUUCAACAUAAGCCUUUUAGCUCCAUGUUUAAGCCUCGGCAUGCAUGAAAUCUCUAAAGGCCAGAAGAAUCUUUUUGAAACUGCCCUUAAAGUAACUCUCAAUCAUGUGACUUCUGUUGUACAAAAGCUUCCAAUCAAUCAUCAAGUUUUUCAGCCAUUGCAGCCAGCUGAAACAUCCCCAUAUUGGAACAAACUGAGUGAUAUCCUUGGAGACACAGUGGCAUACCAGUCUACAAUGGUCUUAUCUCGUGCUUUAAGUCAGUAUCUGGUAUUCCUCUCUAAACUGCCAGCUUCUCUUUGUAUUCCACCAGACAAAGAGAGUGAUAUUCUGAGGUUUGUGGUAAUGUCACUAGAGAUACUUGCUUGGCAUUUAAUACACAAGUUCAUUCCACAAAGUAUAGAUCUCCAGGCUGUGUUAGAUUGCUGCUGUUUGACAUUACAACAAUCUAGUUUGUGCAACUUGCUGGCUUCAGCAGAUUAUACGACACAUGCAUGCUCUCUAAUCAACUGUAUGCAGUUUAUUAUAGAAGCAGUGGCAAUUGAACCUGGAAGUCAGCUUCUUCGUCCAGAAAGGAAGAAGACUCUUAAAAACACUGUCAGUGAAGAUGAAUCGAAUUCACAGGCACCAGAAUCUGGAUACAUUGCAGCAACUUGUGAAAUAGUAGCAGAGUUGGUGGAAUGUUUGCAGUCUAUCUUGGCUUUGGGGCACAAGGAAAACAGUCGUAUCCCAGCAUUCCUUACCCCUGUUGUUAGGAAUAUCAUCAUCAGCUUGUCCAGGCUGCCCUUAGUAAACAGUUAUGCAAGAAUUCCUCCCUUGGUCUGGAAAUUGGGUUGGUCUCCAAAGCCUACUGGUGAUUUUGGCACAGCUUUUCCAGAAAUCCCAGUAGAAUUUCUUCAAGAGAAAGAAGUAUUCAAGGAAUUUAUUUAUCGAAUUAAUACACUGGGUUGGACAAAUCGCAUGCAGUUUGAAGAAACUUGGGCUACUCUUCUUGGUGUUCUUGUAACCCAGCCAAUUGGAACUGAUCAAGAGGAAAACCAGCAAGAGGAAGAUACAGAAAAGACAGAAAUAAAUGUUCUAGCUGUCCAAGCCAUAACAUCUCUGGUACUUAGUGCAAUGACAAUACCACUUGCAGGCAAUCCAGCGGUUAGCAGCUUGGAACAGCAACCUCGCAACAAAGCUUUGAAAGUCCUAGAUACACGAUUUGGAAGAAAAUUAAAUAUCAUCAGAGGAAUUGUAGAACAAGAAAUUCAAGAAUUGGCAUCCAAGAGAGAAAACAUUGCCACUCACCAUUUAUAUCAAGCAUGGGAUCCUGUUCCAUCUCUGUCCCCUUCUGCUACAGGUGGUCUUAUCAGCCAUGAAAAACUUUUACUACAGAUCAAUACAGAACGUGAAAUAGGAAACAUGGGCUAUAAACUGGGACAGGUUUCCAUCCACUCUGUAUGGCUAGGAAAUAGCAUUACUCCAUUGCGUGAAGAAGAAUGGGAUGAAGAUGAAGAUGAUGAGAGUGAUAUGCCUGCCCCUUCCUCACCACCAUCCUCUCCCAUCAAUUCCAGGAAACACCGUGCUGGUGUGGAUAUACAUUCAUGUUCUCAGUUCCUACUAGAGUUAUACAGUCAGUGGAUUUUACCAGCAAACCCAAGCAAGAAGACGCCAGUUAUUCUGAUCAGUGAAGUUGUCCGAUCUCUUUUAGCUGUAUCUGACUUAUUUACAGAAAGGAAUCAAUUUGAAAUGAUGUACACUACGUUAACAGAACUGCGGAAGGUGCAUCCCUCAGAAGAUGAAAUACUUAUUCAGUAUUUGGUACCAGCUACUUGUAAAGCAGCAGCUGUCCUUGGAAUGGAUAAAGCUGUAGCAGAGCCAGUAAGUCGCCUUCUGGAAUCAACACUUCGCAGCACUCACAUGCCGAGCCGAAUAGGAGCUCUCCAUGGCAUUCUUUACAUCCUUGAGUGUGACCUGCUUGAUGAAACAGCAAAGCAGCUCAUUCCAGUCAUCACUGAAUAUCUGCUUUCUAAUCUGAGAGGAAUAGCACACUGUGUUAAUAUCCAUAACCAGCAGCAUGUUUUAGUAAUGUGUGCGGUCGCAUUCUAUUUAAUAGAAAACUAUCCACUUGAUGUAGGACCUGAAUUCUCUUCUGGAAUUAUACAGAUGUGUGGAGUGAUAUUGUCUGGAAGUGAAGAAUCAACUCCAUCCAUUAUUUACCACUGUGUUCUGAGAGGUUUAGAACGACUCCUCCUUUCAGAACAACUGUCUAGAUUGGAUUGUGAAUCAUUAGUUAAACUGAGUGUGGACAGAGUGAAUGUACACAGCCCCCACAGAGCUAUGGCUGCAUUGGGAUUAAUGCUGACUUGUAUGUAUACAGGAAAAGAGAAAAUUAGUCCUGUGCGAGUUACAGAACACAGUCAAGCCUCCCCAGACAGUGAGUCUGUAAUUGUGGCCAUGGAGCGAGUUUCUGUUCUUUUUGACAGAGUCAGAAAAGGGUUUCCCUUUGAAGCCAGAGUGGUAACUCGGAUCCUUCCUCAAUUUCUUGAUGAUUUUUUCCCUCCACAAGAUGUAAUGAAUAAAGUUAUUGGAGAAUUCUUAUCUAACCAGCAGCCAUAUCCACAGUUUAUGGCAACUGUAGUAUAUAAGGUAUUUCAGAGAUUGCAUACCACUGGUCAAUCUUCUAUGGUCCGUGAUUGGGUGAUGUUGUCACUGUCCAACUUCACACAGAGAACACCUGUUGCUAUGGCAAUGUGGAGUUUGUCUUGUUUCUUUGUCAGUGCUUCCACCAGCCAAUGGAUUUCAGCAAUUCUUCCACAUAUAAUCAGCAGAAUGGGAAAAUCCGAACAAGUAGAUGUCAACCUCUUCUGCUUGGUGGCCAUAGACUUCUACCGACAUCAGAUAGAUGAAGAACUGGAUCGCAGAGCCUUCCAAUCUGUAUUUGAAGUGGUGGCUUCACCUGGAAAUCCAUAUUACCAGCUGCUAAAUUGUUUGCAAAAUGUCCACAAAAUUACAGCAUGUUAAAACCGUGGCAAAGUGAUCACAUGAAGAAAUAUAAUUCGGAAACUUCAUUGCCCUGUUCAGGUGUUUAGAACUUAGACAGAAGCUCUGUAGCCCUGCCCCACUCUGUUUCUGGUGCCAUUGCUCUUCUCCAUUUGGAGAGCAACACAUCUGGAGAAGAGAGACCUACUGUCCACUGAUUCACAUGUGCCAACCCACAUUAAAAGCCUCCAUGGAUAACAUGGAUUUUCCUCUGCAGACCGAUCACUCUCCAUGUGGAGAAGAGUGAGACCACCAAGAUCAGAGAACUGCAGACUAGCCCAUAUUAGUUAUUCAUUGAAUCUGGCAUAUGAGGAGCACUUGAACAUUUACAAAUGUGCUGAUCCCAUCCUAAGUUUGAAAUUUUGUUUCUGUUUUUUCAUCUUCUUUUGUAGAAAGCGAAACCAACCAUCACAAACUACACUGAAUGCAGGUGAAUGCUAACAAAAUCUAAUUAGCCAUAAAGUUUUGGAAACCUGAGCAUUAGUUUUUUGCAAGGUACAGAUGAGUAAUGAAUGCAAAGGAAAUUGUUCAUGUCAGUUUAAGUCACUCUGUUAACACUGAAUGUGAUAAAUAUUCAGUUCCACAGUGUAAAAGUCAGUUAUUUAAAAACCAAAAUGCUUAUAUUUCAUGUUGCUAUUAUGUAAUCAGUUCUAGCAUAAUGCUGAUCAGUCUUUUUUCUUAUGAUGAAAGAAAGAGACUUUUAACACAUCCAGCAUGUGAUGUUUCUGUCUUUAGACAUUCUCUAGCACAGAGGUCCCCAACCCCCGGUCCGCAGCCCGGUGCUGGUCCAUGGCCUGAGCUGGCCCGGGCCACUAAGACAGACCUCCCCCCCGCACGUAUUCGCUGCGCGCGCCCAGACAAUUGCCGCACCACUGUUUCUGCAUGCGCGCGAGCGCAGGGGGUGCCCCGCCUUCCCCAGCCGGUCCGUGGACCGAAAAAGGUUGGGGACCACUGCUCUAACAUAUUGUGGAGUUAUGAGGAUUCGGGAGAGGAGUAGACAUCUGUAACCAUACUUCCUUUUUUACCUCAAGAUUUGUAAGUUGGAUCAAUAUAUUGGUAAAAAAACACUUCUAAAUAUUUCUAUAUCAUGUAUAGUAUGUAAAGAUGUAGAAUGGUGCAAGAACAGGAAAAGAUUUGCAAGAUGAAAUCCAUAGUAGCCACUGAUGCAAAAUGUCUUCAUAGUAGUACUACCCUUAAUUUCUUAUUGUAUGUUCUUCCUCCUGUAUAUUUUUUUAAAUCACUCUGAUGUACAAUUUACAUUUUAAGCGCUAUAUUUCCUCUUUUCUAAGUAACUAUUUGAAAACUUGAAUAUAUUUAAUUAGUUGAAAUUUGGUGUAAGAGAUAAUUUUUUGGGUGUGCUUUGGGUUUAUUUUGAAUAUAUAAAUGGAGAAAAGGGACUAGUCACUUCAAUGAGCUUUUUUAAUUGCACAACAUUUUAAGAAAGCAAAAGGUUACUUUCCAGGCAGCAGAUCAUCAAACAUGGUCAUGAUUAAACAUUCUUCUGAUUAAAAUCAUGCAUUUCAUUUGGAUUGAGAAAACACUAUAAACUGCAUGUAACCAGAUCUGAUUAUAAUUACUUUGGAGUUGGCAUAAGUAUUUAAUAAGCAGGUAGGCAUGAUUUUAUGUUCUAGCACUUUGUCAAUGAGCGUGCACAGCACAAACAUUAAUACAUCUGAAAAUUCCACAUGACUAGAUAUUCUGAAGAGAAACUGUUGAUUUCACAUAUGGAAAUACAAGGUGGGAAGGUUUAGUGUUUUGGUUUUCAGCAAUAUUCUAUAUCUUUAUCUCUUAACCUUUCUUGCCAACAGAAUUAUAGUUUUAUCAAAAAGAAUGUGGACCUCUCAUUCAUGUAUAUAAUACAUGUAAAAUUAAUUAUACAUGUGACUGCAUUUGAUGUAUACAUAUAUGUAUAUUGUAUUUAUUAAACUGAUGGCUUUAAACGAU